GUGUCAGUGUUUUGAGUCAGUUGGUGUCUUUGGUUUCGCUUCCUAAGUUGUCACCCUUAAUUUCUUCAAACACGAUUCAUAGCACAACGUAAGGAGAAUGUUGCAGCUUUCUAUUCAACGAGUAAAGAAGUUGAACUUUCUGAGGCCUCAGAUCUCUGCUUUGGGAAUUUCCUAUAUGUCAACAGUUGCUGAGCCAUCUUCCUGUAAGCGGAAUCCUCCGAGGGUUCCAAAUCUUAUUGGUGGCAGUUUUCUUGACUCAAAAUCAUCAUCUUUCAUCGAUGUUAUAAACCCAGCAACCCAAGAAGUUGUUUCACAAGUUCCUUUGACCACAGAUGAAGAGUUUAAAGCUGCUGUAUCUGCAGCAAAGAAGGCACUUCCAUCAUGGCGUAACACUCCAAUUACGACACGCCAACGUGUUAUGUUGAAGCUCCAGGAGCUUAUACGCAGAGAUAUGGAUAAACUUGCUCUGAAUGUGACCACCGAACAAGGAAAGACAUUAAAGGAUGCUCAAGGAGAUGUAUUUCGUGGUUUAGAGGUGGUUGAACAUGCUUGUGGGAUGGCAACUCUACAAAUGGGAGAGUAUGUUUCCAAUGUAUCACAUGGAGUUGAUACUUACAGCAUUAGAGAACCACUUGGUGUUUGUGCUGGUAUUUGUCCUUUCAAUUUUCCUGCAAUGAUUCCCUUGUGGAUGUUCCCAAUGGCAGUUACCUGUGGUAAUACCUUCAUUCUAAAACCAUCAGAGAAAGACCCAGGUGCUUCUGUAAUGCUUGCAGAAUUAGCAUUGGAGGCUGGUUUGCCUGAGGGAGUCUUAAAUAUUGUUCAUGGAACCCAUGAUAUUGUGAAUGCUAUUUGUGAUGAUGACGACAUCAAAGCCAUAUCUUUUGUUGGUUCAAAUGUUGCUGGAAUGCACAUAUAUUCAAGAGCUGCAGCUAAAGGGAAACGCAUUCAGUCUAAUAUGGGCGCCAAAAAUCAUGCAAUCAUCAUGCCAGAUGCUAAUGUUGAUGCCACUGUAAAUGCUUUAGUUGCUGCUGGUUUUGGUGCUGCUGGGCAAAGAUGCAUGGCACUCAGCACAGUUGUUUUUGUUGGAGGCUCACAACAUUGGGAAACUAAACUUAUAGAGCGUGCCAAAGCUCUUAAAGUAAAUGCUGGAUCUGAACCUGAUACCGACCUUGGUCCAGUCAUCAGCAAACAGGCAAAGGAGCGAAUACACAGAUUAGUUCAAUCUGGAGUUGAAAGUGGUGCCAGACUACUGCUUGACGGAAGAAAUAUAGUGGUCCCAGGAUAUGAAUCUGGCAAUUUUAUUGGCCCAACCAUCUUAUCAAAUAUCAGCACCGACAUGGAGUGCUACAAGGAGGAAAUUUUUGGCCCAGUUCUUCUUUUCAUGGAGGCUGAUAGCUUGGAAGAGGCCAUUAACAUUAUCAACAAAAACAAGUACGGAAAUGGUGCUUCUAUAUUUACUACAUCUGGUAUUGCAGCAAGGAAAUUUCAGACUGAGAUUGAGGCUGGACAGGUUGGCAUCAAUGUUCCCAUUCCAGUUCCUUUGCCCUUUUUCUCAUUUACUGGCAACAAGGCAUCAUUUGCUGGAGAUCUUAAUUUCUAUGGCAAGGCAGGGGUUAACUUUUAUACACAAAUCAAAACAAUAACCCAGCAAUGGAAGGAUUCAGCUGGCGGUAGCAAGAUUAACAUGGCAAUGCCAACUUCUCAAAAAUCUUGAUAGCUAGAGUAAACCUUUGUACUCUUGAAUAAAAUGUCAAGGUCCCUCUCCUGUUAUGCAUUUUCCUUAAUUUUCUUCUACGUCGUGUCUCCAUGUGGACUAUAUGAUUCUCUAGCUUAUUUUCUAAAGUGGGGGCUUAUUUUAGAGGAACCGAAUCCAUUAAUAUGAUAUCCAUCCAUUUAAAAUUGUCAUAUCAGUUGCUUCAGGGUGAGCUUUAAAAGAAAAGAAAAAAAGGUUCAAGUUGAAUCAGCUUUGAGGUGUAUGGAUACCACCUAAAUGCAGAUUUCCCCCCGAAUUUGGUGUUAGUUUCCUUUCUUUCUUUCGUUUUUAAGCCUCAAUAUCGUGUCUCCAAGUCAUUCAGGUGAUCUUCAUACAUUGACUAGUUUAUCCUGGACCAGGAAGCUAUUAUUUAUUU